GGAGCGGGCAGUCAGCCUGUGAGCGGUGUCCGUGUAACGUCGGAACCGCUGCUGCUCUUGCAGCCGCCGCCGCUUCUGACCCGGACUUAGGGAGGCACGGCGAGCCGAAGAAAGACUCUUAGCCACGUAAGUAGCUAUUCCUACAUGGUGAAGAGACGAUGGCUUGCUGAAAGGGAUUGGCUCGGCCAUCCCUUUCCUCCCCACUCCUACCUCUAGGAAUAAAGAACGGCGCCUGCAAUAGACAUUUGUUCGCAUUGAAGUGGCUGCAUCGCCUCCCUCCCUCCCUCCUUUUCUGCAUCUCAGGACUCUGGGGAGGGGGCUAAGAAGAUCGUAGGGAGGGUGAUUUUUUUUUUCUCCUGCAGCCCUUCCUCUCUCUCUCUUUUUUUUUUUUCCUCGUCCUUUGUGGUCUUUUUUUUUUCCUUUCUUUUUUUGCUUGCAUGUGCAACUGCACUCAAACCAUCCGAGGGAACCAGACCGGACGUCUCCAGGCCAAUGGAAAGCUAAAGAGCAUCGAUUUAUUCUUGUCCUUGAUUGCACUUUUCCGUCUGAUCAAAGGAAGCCCCAACGCCGCACGCAACCAAUUUCAGCGCUGCAGCUCCUGGAGCUUUGCGCACUUCGUAUCCUGGUAAAAGGAAGCGGCGCUUUUAGUUUGGAAAACGCUUUUUUUUCUUCCGCCGAAAAAAAAGGAGGCUUCUUCAAUUCGAAGAAAAUCCGGAUCUUGAUCAAGCAGCGGGCUUUCCCGCACCGUUUAGCGGAGCUUCCUCGGCCAUCCGCUGAAGUUAAAAAGACUCCGCUGCUAUAUAUUUUUUUUAAUUAUUAUUAUUAUUUAUUUAUUUGUCUUCGGCUGCUUCUCUGAAUAUAGUCCUUUCCACGAGGGAAAAAAAAAGGAUCAGACGCCCUCUACAGUUGAAAGCAAGUUAUUAAAAAAAAAAACCCAUUGAAAAAGCAAGAAAGAGAGAAAGAAAGAAAAAAAGCCCGUCGUUCGGAUAACCCGUGUGAAGAUUUCGACGCGGGCGAUUGGGAAUCGGGAGAUUGAUAAAGGAACCCUUGGCCCUUUGAAACGCCUUUCCCAGAUGUUUGGAUUUUAAACCCCGCGGCGUUUUGUUGUGGGGAAACGCCACUUUUGCUCAGUUUGCUACUUUGCGGGACUUCGCCGCUUUUUGAGUUGCCGAGAAAUCGAAAUCGAACGCGGCGGGGGAAGAAUCGUUCGCUUGAUCGCCGCCUCCGAUCCCCUCUUCUCCCAGCCACGAGCCAUUCCUAUUCUCCUGUUUCUUUGCGCUGGAUAAACCGGACUGUAGAUCCUACAGAAAAACCUGCCAGCCGAAGCACUCUUUACUUUUACACCGCAGCACAAAGGCAUUCUUGGCCGGCCGGCCUGACAACACCAAAGAAUUGUGCGUGUGUGAGUGAGUGAGUGAGUGAGAGAAAAAGAAAGAAAAGAAAUUGGGGGGGGAUUUCUUGGGAGGGUUUGUUCUCCAUCCCCAUGAACAUACAAAGGUCAACCCCAAUCACGAUAGCGCGGUAUGGACGACCUCGGAAUAAAACUCAAGAUUUCGAAGAGCUCUCGUCUAUAAGGCAGACUGAAUCCAGCCAGAGUUUUAGCCCUAACCUUGGCUCGCCGAGCCCGCCAGAGACUCCGAACUUGUCGCAUUGCGUUUCUUGCAUCGGGAAAUACUUAUUGCUGGAGCCUCUGGAAGGAGACCACAUUUUCCGGGCCGUGCAUCUGCACAGCGAGGAGGAGCUGGUUUGCAAGGUGUUCGAUAUUGGCUGCUACCAGGAAUUACUGGCGCCAUGUUUUUGCCUGCCUCCUCAUGACAACAUCAACCAAAUUACCGAAGUCAUUCUUGGAGAGACGAAAGCCUACGUGUUCUUUGAACGGAGCUAUGGGGACAUGCAUUCCUUUGUUCGUACCUGCAAGAAGCUGAAGGAGGAAGAGGCAGCCAAGCUAUUCUAUCAGAUAGCCUCUGCUGUAGCACACUGUCACGAUGGCGGGCUGGUCCUGAGGGAUCUCAAGCUGCGGAAAUUCAUUUUCAAGGAUGAAGAAAGGUCUAGAGUAAAACUGGAGAGCCUUGAGGACGCUUACAUAUUGCGAGGAAAUGACGACUCCCUUUCUGACAAGCACGGAUGUCCAGCCUACGUGAGCCCAGAAAUCCUGAACACAAACGGCAGCUACUCCGGCAAAGCAGCGGACGUGUGGAGUCUAGGGGUCAUGCUGUACACAAUGCUAGUUGGACGCUAUCCAUUUCAUGACAUUGAACCAAGUUCUCUCUUCAGUAAAAUCCGUCGUGGGCAGUUCAGCAUUCCAGAGACUUUGUCCCCUAAGGCGAAAUGCCUUAUACGUAGCAUCCUGCGCCGAGAGCCCACAGAGAGGCUGACUUCGCAGGAAAUUCUGGACCACCCUUGGUUUUCCACAGAUUUUAAUGUGUCUAAUUCAGGAUAUGGUGCUAAGGAAGUAACGGAUCAGCUGGUGCCUGAUGUUAACAUGGAAGAGGAUUCUGAUCCAUUCUUUAACUAAGCGUCAGGACUGGUAAUGGUAAUGCAUGGUCCAGAAAGGACAACGUGAAGGGAGACCUUUCUGAAAACGCAGAAUUAUAUCUCUGUCUCAUCCUGGCUUGAUAGCAAAAAAAGGACCCACUUGGAAGAAGCUUUUGUUUUGAUUUUUUUUAAGGCUGGGGAAGGAACGCUCAAGAACCAAUGUAGCCCAUGAACGGUUAAACAGGAGGAAUUGUUGCUAUCAAGUUAGACUGGCAUUGAAAAAAAAAAAAGGAGGCAGCAGCACAGAGCAGCUGUAGUAGCUUCUCGUCUUUAUGGAGCCAAGGACACUGCACACCCAACGUUUCUGAUGCAGCCACCACUACACCAUUCCUGAUUCCAUUUCAUUCAAACACUUACGAUUCCCCGUGGACAGGAACUUGUAUUUUGGCAUCGCACUGUUAGAUAUUUAACUUCAGCCAUUAUUCAGGGAAGGUACAAUUAGCUAUUAUUUUGUUCCUUUGUUUCCUGUUUUCAGAAUCGGAUGUUGCCAGUGGGCUUCAUCUUUAGGAGGGCAGGUGGGAAGCGCACAAAGGAAGAUACGAGAAGUGAAUGCUAAACAAGGUUUUGGAACAUGUCUCUGGAUUCCUAGUUUUAAAUUGACAGAUACAAGUUAACACUUUUGGGGAGUAACGAUGUUUGGAAUGUUUUAUUUCUUUGGAGAGAAAAAAAUCUCUCCUAAAUCAGUUGUAUUCGGAUGUUCACCUCAGAACCUACAGAAGACUCUUUGAUCUAGUGAGGGCUUCUCUGCGUGACAAACAAGUUUGCUGAUGGAGCAGUCCCUCUCCGCUUGCCAAUUGAGGGGAUAGUCUUGAAAAAAUUAUACAAGAAACUAUAUAGUAAAAUAAAUCUGUAGCGAUGACUUUCCCCACCUUCCAUCGAUAGCAGUGUCCACUGGAUCAAAGAGCUUUCUGUAAGCGGAGUAGAUUCAGUUGAAUACAAGCUGUUGGUUUGGUGGGCUUGUUUUUGGGUUAGAGCUUUUAUUGCAGGGAGCCAGAAAUCAAGACUUUUUCACCAUGCUAGCAAAAGACACUAGAAUUGUCUUCUUUGGUUUUUUUCAAAGACUGUUGAAAUACUGGCUUUCACCUUGGCUUUCAUCAAGUUGACCAGGUGGGGCGAGAAGGAUCUCCUUCGGAUUAUUCAAAGAAGGAAACAAAUUUGUUCUUAGAACCAGCUAAGUCUCUACAUGACCUGAAUAUGAACAGAAGGUGGAUCUUUCUGAAGUGAGACGUAUAUGCCACCUACCCCUGCCCCAAAUAUCUUGGUAAGGCAGUGGCUUAGGUUCUCCUGCUUUCAUUUUUGACUUACAAACAAGGAUGCUCUUUUAUUUUUCUGUUUAUUCACCUGUUAAUAAGCUGAACAUUGCUGGGACACAGACCUGUCUCCUGAAAAGUACAUUGUAAUAUGCACCUUUUUUAUUGUCAAGAUUUUAUUUAUUGAUGAAUCUGUCACAGUUGUGAUGAAUUUAAGCCAGUACUUCAAUUACGGGUUGACUUGGGGUGACAUGUUACAUGCUGUAGUUAACAAACUUGUAUUUCUCUUCAGGUAUUCCUGUCCCUGACUGACAUAUUUUAAACCCCUUCCCUCCUGCAAUUCCACCCCUUUGUUAAAGCUUUCCUGUUGAUUUAGACUGGCAAAUGAUUUUUAUUACUGCUUUUAUAUUGCUAUAUGACAUUGGAGGAAACCGCGGAAAACCAACACAUCUUUUUUUUUUUUGGCAUAGCUAUUUGUGUUUCCAGUACCUCAGCUGUUCUGAUGUUACUGCCUGUAUGCGUUUUUGUGAAGUGGUCCUGUUUUUUGGAUAGGUACAUGUGGACUCUGUAGUUUGUAAAUGUUACUUGAAUUUUGUGCUUAAUUAUAGUCUGUGGCAUGUGCGUACAGCUACUUGGCAUUUGACGUAUGAAUGCUCUUCGCCUGCCCUGCGGGAAGGUUUUUGAUCCCACUCGCCGAGAUGAUGGUUCAGAGUUCCUUAAUCAAGAGACAAAGCUGCAGCUAACCUGCCUUGCUUCUAUUUUGGUAUCUAAGAAUAUAAAAGAGUUAACGUUUUUACACUCUGAAGAUGGUGCUGUGUUGAGGGACUACUUCUUCUGUUUGUUUGUUUUUCUCCAAGCAUUUAUUUUAUAAACUUGUAGGAAGAAAGAUUGGUGAUGUGCAUGGUGGGAUUUUACUGCCUCUGGUGCUUUUGUCUUGUAUUUGGUUUAAUGUUUUUGUCCUAAUCUCUUCAAUAAACAAAAUUGUGCAUAUUUAACUAAACAUAA